UAGUCAGCAGUCAAUCUUCUGUGACAGUGCCUUGGGCGAAGUACUUUUCUACAGUGCAAGUGUGUGGUAGGCAUUCGCAAAAUCGGCUAGCUCCGCCCGAGUUGUUCGCAGCUUCGCAACGUGGUGUUCGGUCGCCCAUCAGCCUUGAAGUGUAAAGUGCUCGCUCUAUUUACUGCAGAAGAGACAACCGUUAGCGAGGCCAAACAGUACAAAUGACCACUUCUGUCCGAAUGUCCGACCUACACAACUCGGACAAUGACCUGACGUCUUCGAAAACCGGCGUGAAUACACUGCGAGCUCGCUUUGAAAGGAUCGGACAGAGCGACGACAACAUUGCGGCCUCGUCCGCCGGCCAAAACUACCGAUAUUCGUCCUCUUCCGUGCCUCGCAAGCCGUCCACUCCGCCAGCGAGGCGUCCGCAAGGUCCCGCAAGACCGCCGCCUCCACGACCUACGGAAAAACCGAAGCGAUUCUCUGACCAGUUUCCCGGGCAGAAAGAGCCGUUCAACAGGUCCGUUACUCCUACCUCAGGGGCUCCGGGUGCUCUGAGCCCGCAAUCUCCAACCCCUCACCCGCUCAGCACGUCCAGUAGAUCGAAGAGCGUAGGCGAUCUGAAAGUAGUGAAGAAAGAGGCGCCGGCGCACGAAGUGAACGGAUCCGCCACUACAGUAACGGUAGAAGAGGUGGACAGACCUACCACAAAAAAGGUGAAGAAAGGAAAAAGCAAGGGGAAAUCAAAAGAGGACAACUCAAACGGGACAUCUUCAGGCAGUAGCUCAGGGAAGAAAUUCCUACACUUCAAGAAGGGAAAGAGCACCGAAUCUCCCGGGGCAUCUCCAGUUCCAAGCAAACCAAGAAAGUCCUCAGCCCCUACAAUUAGUAGUCAAUCGUCCCCUCACACCAGUCCAAAGAGAGACCCUCUCCCACCUACCCUCGAGAGCCCUUCAUCGACGUCUUCUGAGGCCGGGAGCAGCAAAGAAGGUACUCCGACCGCAGGAAGGCGAAAAUCGUCGAGCGGAGGAAGAAAGAAAGAAGCCGUAAAGAAGACGGAAUCGAGUCAGGGAGACCUGGCGAGCGGCAGAGACAACGGGAAAGUCGACAAGAAAGCGCUGAGGAAGAGUAAGAGUAAUUUCGGAGCGACGAGUGUGUGCGCGGAAAAGCAGGAGGGAGAUAUGCUUGGAGCAAGUCCGCGAAACUCUCCAGCAAUGGGAGGGAGGAAGAGGAGAGGGAGGGAAGUCGGAGAGGCUGACGUGAAGCAAGAGGCAAGGAGGAUCAGGGAAGCGGCAGUUCUCAGUGCAGGUAAAGACUUGACUGCAGCAAAGCUGGAGCCUGUCCUGAAAAAGGAGCUGGCCUAUCUUACCGACGGGCUAGAAGGAGGUAAACAUCAGGUGGUGGUUGUCAUGGAGAGCAGUCUGGCAAUGCUAGACUCACCGACAGCAUUCGAAGACUUCAAGACAACUCUGGCGUACUUCAAAGCCAUCAUAAAGCAAGAGACAAUCAAUGCAGGGGCAACUCUGGUAAUUGAUGCUCGGGACGGGAAAUCACACAAGUCAGCCAAACACCUUCUUGAGAGGAUCGAGACGGAGGACACGCCCCUCCCACUCCACAUGAUCUACAUCAUCAUCAAAACUGGGUUUCUUGGCUUCGGUCGCAAGUCCCUCGUUUCUGCCGAGUCGGCAACAAAACUCCACCUGGCCUACGUCAGCGAGCCACGACAGUUGGUGGAGCAGCUGGGGGCAGACAACGUGGUGGCAGAGUUGGGAGGAACUCUGGCCUACAAUCAUGAGAUGUGGAUCAGCAACAGAACAAAUUACGAGAGGAUAGUUCAUCUCCACAAGAAGACGAUGGGCCGGCUCCCGGAGACUAAGAAAGGACUCGGAACCUUCAAGAUGCCGUCCACUGUCAAAGACGCCGAGCGGCUGAUGCAGGAAGAGCUGGGGUUAAAGGAAAAGAUGAUAAACUUGUUUGCCGAGUCGGAGCUCAAGAUGGACCAGUUCCUGACGAGUUUGAACGACCAGCAAAGCCACGCUCCCGCAUCACUGGACCUGCGAGCGAUGACGUCAUCAGUUGGAGAGAUGUUGAUCGAGGUAAAGGACAGCCAGAAGGAGUUUGACGACUUCUGGAAGAUCCACAGAACACACUCCGAGCACAUCAUGAGAAUGUGCCACUUCUCAAGAUCAGGGGAAAAGCUGAAGCAGAUGAUGGGUGGUCACAUCAGUGACUUGGCGGAGGACAAGGCGGUGCUGGGUGACUCUCUGGAGUCAGCUCUGGAACAAGGAGAGAAACACGAGCACUUUGCCACCAAAUGUCUGGAGACGAUAGACGAGCAGAUGACCAAAAUAAAGCAGGACGCGGGGGAGUUGUGUGAUCCCAACCACCUACCGAACGAAUCUGAGGCAGAGAUGCACGCCGCCAUGCAGAAGGCUCAGGCGGCGGUCCAGACGCAACUCCAGGAGCUGACAAAGACCUACCAGACACUGUCAGACAUCUGCCAGCAGAAGAGGGAUCUCUACAUCGUGUGUGUCAAAUUUCACAUGAACCUGAGACAGCUCCAACAGUGGAAUGAUGAAACAAUGUUGCUCCUGGCCUCCCAGCCUCUCGAGGAGCCGACGCCCUCAGCAGCACUCAACCUCCUCUCCAGUAUAGAGCAGUGUCAAAUGGGAAUGACGUCGACUCACAUCACCAACCUGACAGAGCUGGCCAGCACCCUCGGGUCAAAGACAUUCAAGAAGAAGAACGAUGCCGUCAUCAAGAAAUAUGAACAUGCGCGGAAUCUUCUAGAACAUCGGAAGACGUUUCUCCAGAGGAUACUCAGUUCUCAUUUCCCUCGUCCAGUGGCACCCCCCAGUCCCAAUCCUCUCCACCGCUCCAAGCCGGCUCCCGACAGUAGUUUCAAUGAGACUGAUGUUCACCUCGAGGUGACCCCCGAUCGCCGCUCGCUGACCUCUACCGUUUCCACGGCAAGCAGCGAGGGGCUGGUUGCCGGGGACUACCAGGACAUGGAGACAGACGGAGGUGUUCUGAAGAACAGGCAGUUUGUGUACAAGGAGCUGGUGGCCACUGAGCAGGACUACAUCAAAGACAUCAGCACCGUCAUUGAUAGUUACUACGAUGAGAUGGAUCCUGAGAGUCUCAUCAUUCCUCUGAGACUCCGAGGAAAAAGGGAGAUUGUCUUUGGAAACCUUCUCGAGAUAAAGACCUUCCACGAGACGGAUUUCAGUAAGGCUCUGGAGAAAUAUGCCGAUUGUCCGGAGAGAGUCGGAGAGUGCUUCACACAGCAUUCGGCACAGUUCCAGAUGUAUUCCAUAUACUGCAAGAACAGAACUCAUUCUGAGACUCUUAUCAACGAAUCAACCGAAAGCCAGGCUUUCUUCAAGGGAAUACAGCUGAAAUUGGGUCAUGCUCUCCACCUCAAUUCCUACCUCCUCAAGCCCAUCCAGAGAAUCACCAAAUAUCAACUUCUUCUCAAAGACAUGAUGAAGCAUGCAGUGCUGGCUAAGAAGGCCCACUCUGAGCUACAGGCAGCUCUCGAGUCAAUGCUCAAAGUCCUCAAAAACCUGAACGAUUCUCUCCACGUUCUUGGGGUCAAAGGAUUUCCAGGUUCUCUUGCAGAGCAAGGCAGACUGCUAGUCCAUGACCCGUUCCAAGUAUCGGACAACGCCGGCCGGUUCUGCGAGACUACGAGAGAGACACAUCUUUCUGUUCGAGAAGGUCAUCAUUGUCAGUAAGAAGGUGGAGGCUCCAGUUCAGCACAAGAAGCAUAAAAAAAGCGACGCCUACAUUUAUAAAGACCAUAUGCAGAUGGCUGUAGUGAAUUUGAGAGACUCGACCGACAAACACGGACUGCAGUUCCAGAUCACGAUCCACGGUCAGAACAAGAUAUACACCUUCCAGGCCAGCACCAAGGAGGUGAGAGACAUGUGGAAGGCCGAGAUCAGACGACUGCUGCAGGCACAGUUCAGCCUCAUGAAGGACAUGGUCAUGCAGUCUGGGACUCUGGACCGAAGCAACUACAAGGGGAAGACCAGAUCUGGUCUGUCCAGAGACAGUCGGCUGUUUGGAGAUUCCUUCAAGGCCCAUCCUGUUCAGAAGAGAUCUCUAGCGUUAGCAGCUAGCUACUCCUCCUUUCUCCCUCCCUCCCCCUCCCUUUGCUGGCUUUCUAAUGCUCUCUCUCUUUCUCUUUCUCUUUUCUGCAAUACUACUACUCUCCUCUGAUUCUCUUGCAGCGAUCGGCUGUUCAAGAAGAAGGGAGGGAAGAGACCAGAGACGCCAAAGUCAGGAAGAAAGCUGGCGGCUCUUGAGCCGUCUGCCAGUCUACCAGCUGGACUGACACAUUCAGCAAGACCCACCCACUCCCUCACUCCAUACAGCGCAGACUCUGAAGACAAGUCAGAUUCAAUCUCUAGCGACGAAGAGAUUGCUUUCUCCUCCGACGAGGAAGACGGACUCACAACUACUGCAGUGGACCAUUAUGAGAGCCUGGCACCAGGUGCUCCAAGGUACUACACAGCAAUCACAGACUACAACCCAGGAGCCUCUGACAACGGAGUUCAGCUCACCAGCGGACAAGAAAUCGAGGUCAUCGGCAUCAACAAAUACGGCUGGUGGUGGGUUCGAGCCACCAAUCAUUACACUAACGAGGUCGAGGAGGGGUGGGUCCCUGCUAGUUAUCUGCAGAUGUCCGAAGACCAGACGACCCUGGGCCCAGACUCACUCAUGCCGGCACGGCUGUCUGUAUUGCGCAAGAGAACUUGACCUUUUUGUCCUUUUGUGUGUGUGUGUUUAUCAUGGCACUGCACUGUUGUGCGUCAAUUAUAAUUUUUAACACAGAUAAUUUAUUAUGGUUAACAUGAGGACUAUUAUAGUCAUCG